GUUCAAAGGUGGCAACAUUGAAAAUGUUUGGAGUUUCUGGGUGUUUGGAGUUAGUUUAAGUUGUGUUUAGACUAUGAUCUACCUUUUUACUCACAAAUGAUAUUUUACUAUUGCUCAUGAGCUUAUAUGGCGGGGUGAAGUAUAACUGCAGCCUAUUAAACCACAAACUUGGUUUAAAAUGAUCGAAUCUCAUGGCUUGUAAUGGUGUAGUUAGUUUUCAGCGUCAGCAUUAUUCCUAAGUACUUAAGUAAAUACUUAAACACAACGGAGGAACUCUAGGUGGGAUUCACCUUAAUAUUUUGAUCUUCAAUAAAGUUUCGUUUCUAUGUUGUAAGAUUUCUGAUCUGGAUUAUUUAUCAACGUUGACGAGGUUACGUAUGUUAAUAUUGUGCUUAUGCACGUGAUUACUUCAUAGCAAAGUUCAUAAGAAAUGCUGUGCUAGCUGCGUACUGUUUUCAGCGUUAAUUAUCGUAAGUUAAACCUGCGAGUCUAUCCUACAGCUUUUCCCACCUUGAAACAGCUGGAACUCUACUCUUAGUUAUGCAUAUAAGUGACAUAAACUGCAUACAUAUAUUCAACUAAUAAUCUUGGUUUUGUAGCAUUUUUAGGAAUGUAGUGCAUAUGGUCUAAGUUAUCCAUGUAAUUGAAGGGCAGACUAAUCACUUACUGCUUAGUUAGCCAAAAGUUCUGAACAUGAGGUCAUCUGGUCUCAGUUGCAGUUUGGAAAAGAGAGGAGGCUAGGUGGCCUUGAUUAUUCCUGGCAAUAGUAGUCUUUCAGUUGAUUUGAUAGAUUGAGCUUCAAUCACGUGUUGAUGUGGUGAAUUACAUUUGUUUAUGAUUGGAUGGAAAAGUCGAUAGUCAACUGACAAGUAAUUUGUUCUGGGGUUGUGAACUAUUAAUAUUGUCCUCGUAACAUUUGCGCUUCGGAAAAUUAAAAAAAUGGGAGCAUAUCUAAUGCAAAUUUAUCAUUAAGUAGUUUGGAAACUGUGGUCAAGUCGCUACUGGUUCUUCGAUGUGACAAUGGAAAUAGGUUUAGUUUAGCCAGUCGAGCAUCAUACGGGAGCUUUGUUAUCUCAGGAAUCAACUUAUUCUAGGUUUUUUGAACCUUUUCCAUUGGUUCGCUGUCUCUUUUUAGACAGGGACCAGCCGGUUGUAUGUUGUACUUGAGUUUAGGACGCAUGGUACUGUAUACAAAGUCAAAAAGGUUUUAGCGUCGUCAUAGUUAAAGGCCCUACAUAUUGACCAAUUGUUUUUUGUACCGUUCAGUCAUCGAUCGGAGGUUUUCAAAAACGAUCUAGACACAAUGUCCAAAGACAAAAGUAACUGAUGACCAGAAAAAAAGUGAAAAACUGUUAGACUCAAAAGUUCAGACAUGUAUGAAAAAUCCAACGUACUCUAAAGUACGGAUGAUAAGUUGCUUUUGAAAAAACGAUACUCUUAGCGAAUACUUUAAGUGAAAUAAAUUCAACUAAAGCGAAAACAAUAGUUUUGAUGUGUAAUUUAUGAACAAAAUAAUAAUACUAACUCAACCAGGAAAAUAACCACUAUUUUUCCUAAGCACUUCGUAUACUUGCUUUUCGGAGGUUCAAUCUGGCUUGUGCUAACACAUUCUCGUUAUUGGCCCCUAAGCAUACACAAUAAUUCUCGAUGUCAUCAGCAGUUUCUAUAUUUGAACUCAACAAAAAACUGGUGACAAAAGAGAAUUUUACCGAGCAGAUUUUCCUCAGAAACAGUAUUGCAGCGAUACAGCUGGUUCAUAUCACUCACAUAUUCGUUACUUGCUUAGACGCAUGACUGCAAAUUAAGGGUAGUGAAUUUUGUAGUUUGAAUUUUAAAACAAUAACCAAAUAGAAAUUUUUUUAAAACUUGAUGACAUUACUUCACUGAUAGGUAAAGUAAAUUUUUUCUCUUUUACUGAUUUCAUAGACUAAACAAACCAGUAAACGUUAUUGACACAUGAAGCAACGCUUUAUCCAACACUCCUUACCGAAUGAUUUAAUUUUGAAGCUGUACAAAUCAAGCAUGGUUUUGAACCAAGGGGAGAUUUAUUCCUCCCCAAAAUACUUUUAAAGUAAUGAAAACUCAAUAGUUAGUGUAUGAGCACAAUUAGAAAGGAAAACUAGUACGUUUCUAAAUAUACCCCAUAGAUUUGUCAGAAAUUUUUUGUAAUGAAACAAUACAUUGGCUACAAAAGUUUAGUGGUAUCUGAUAUACUGGGUGGCUUCAGGCUAAAGUAAAGCAAGAAGGAUGGCUGAUAUCAAACAAUCCUUUAACUACAGAAGAGUCUUACCCAUCAACUUUGAAUGCUUUACUAGCUUUGAAAAUGUUGUUGUCAUUUUGUUUACUGUAUUUCGGAGAGGCUCCGUUCGAAACAAUCUUAACAGCUUCAAACACUUUCUUUUUAUAAGUUAACUUACUUUUGGUCAGCCUAGGUCACAAGGAAUUACUGUUUUCAAUGUAUUAAAAUGUCUUUUUGUAUCUGGAGCUCAACAUUGUCUACUCACGUUAAAUUUUAGUACCUGGGAAGGGAAAUAAUUGCGUUUAAUUCAUUUAUUUUGGUAAAUCCUACUUUUCCUAAUAUUAGUAAAAGAAAUCACUGGACGAUUUCAGUAGGAUGUUUUUUCUUCUAUGCGUUGUUGAAAAAUACCCUCAGCUCUUGUAAAUAUUACUAUCCUAUCAAUCGGAAUGCAAAAGGACAUAAAACUGGAUGAACUUCAUUUAUAAAAUAAAAUGAUAACAAAUAAGUGAGAAUGUAAUGUAAAAUAGCUCAAGCGCUGUCUGCAAUUCAGUUUUUUAAAGUCUGGGUUCUUAUUAGUUUUAUAUUGUUCACGACCUGUUGAGCAGGAAGAUCUUUAGUUAACGAGGCAGUAUAAAUAAACAAACUGAUGAAUACGAAUUUGUAGUACUCUUGAAUGGGUUAACUGUUGCACUGAUGUGACGUGCAGAGUAAGUGCAUAAACACAUCGACUUUUCUGUGAUCACGUUCCAUCAAAACUCUGACCGAAACUUGUUUAAAACGUUUUGAAAUUAAAAAGUUAGGAAAAUCGUUCAAACCUAGCUUCUCAAAAACUACAUUUUUGAUGACUAACCAUCAAAGUUAAGUCCUAUUUUUUAUAAAUUGAGGAUCUUCGAUUGUGUGGUCAUCAGUAGUGUCAGCAAAUAAACUCUUCAAUGUUUAUCCACCUUUUAAGGUUUGAUGAAGUGAGCAAAAGUCAAUCCGAAACCACCGAAAUCUAGAGGUUAUUCGUAUUAUAUAAGUAUUUUUGUCCAGUCACGUUCAAAUUAAACAGUAAUCUGCACAGAGCGUUCUUAGUCCAUAUAACACUUUAGCUGGAAUACUUAUAUCGUACUCUACUUUUAAUUUACUAAACGUAUAAGAACUUAAACACUGAUGUUAUUAUCGAUUGGGCACCCGGGCAGUAUUUCAGCUCACAUACAAAUCGAAUGACAAAGUGUGGCGAAUAUAUAUUUGGUGCCUUCUUGUAUCACUGUUCACAUGUUUAAAUAAAUAAACGUAUCCAUUAAGCCUUAAGAAUUUUUUCGUAGUAAAAUUAUUUUUAAUACUUGUAAAAACAUCACGAAUAUUUUGGUUUGUGAAAACUCUCUAUUUUUAAUUUAUCAGUGUCUUUUCUUGAGAAUUCAGUUUACUUUGAUUUUCAUCACAACGGAUAAUUUUAACCUAAAAAUAGUGUAUUCGCUGCACCAAAUUCGCCGAAAAAUUUAUAAUUGAAUAAUUUAAUACAGUAAAAUAUUCUAAACUUACUGACGUGUUCAAAAUUCUUAUUUUCAGGCACAAAAUUACUUGUGUAAUAAAAUAUCAGUUCAUUUGAUUCUAAUGAUUUUGCAAAAAAAUAUGAAAACUUUCAUUGUUCAUUACAUUUUUUAACCUCAUCUGCUACUCAAAAAGCUUUAGGCUUGUGAUACUGCUAUUGUUAUAACCUUCCAUCACUAUACAGGAUGAACUUACACAGUAGUUCAUCGAAACAUGACGAACUUCGUGAACAAAUUUUUGAUUACUCCAAUUACUCUUCUACAGAAGAUGAGAACUCUAACUGGAAGCGUUCAACUAGUGAUGCAAGCUUUUUUCUUGACGGACAGCUUCCCAUCGACGAGUGGUAAUGUGACAUUUAAAAUUUUUACAACUAAUCCGUGGUUUCUAUUUUAGCGACACAUCUGGAAAUGUUUCGGAGCAAGCACGAGUUUAUUGGGACUUACCAGAAGCUGUGGAAGCCUCCGUAACACCUAGUUGUGGAUUAGACAGAUCACAACGCAGCUAUGAAGUACGAAAAUUAGAAAAGGUGUCAAGUGGAUCUGCAACAUCACGUGUUCAGGUGCAUCGUGUGCAUUUUCGAGAGCACAACUUACCACCAAUAAUGAGAAAAGAUGGAACGAAUCGUUCACAGUCUACACCAUUUACACCAUUUCAAAAUAUCGACUGUGCACGUUUAUUGAGACAGUUUCAAGAACAGCAGCAACAAAGAGAUUAUAAUCUUGAUUCAACUCGAUUAUUAUCUGUUCAGCAUCGUUCAAAAUCUGAUGCAAAUCAGUCAGUAUCAUCAAGUUCUAAAUUUGUUUUAAAGACUACUGAUCAUCAAUCUGAUCUGACAAAUAACGACGCAAUUAUUAUGGGUAAUAAAGCUAUUAAAAAAGAAUAUAUUAAAGAAUCAACAACAUCAUCAUCAUUAUCAAGUGUUCUUAAUAAUAGAUUUGAUACAUUUAUCAAUCAUACUGAUGAUAAUGUUGAUAAUAAAAUUAUUAAUGAUAUCAAUUCUAAAAGUAAUCACAAUUUUCAAAUGAUUGAACAAAAAAUGAUAUCAGAAAUGGAGAAACUAAGACAUAUUUCGUUGUCACCCUUCACUCUUUCAUCAUCUUCAUCAUUAUCGACCAUCGUACAGCCAUCAGACAAUAUUGCUAAUAUUAUAACAACAAUGACUACAAUACCACAAGAUAACAAUUCCGUACUUUUACGGAACGAAAAAGACAUGAAUCGUUUAAAUGAAGAAUAUAAGACCAUAACCAACUGUGAAUAUUGGUUAAAUAAAGCACGUCAAGCAUGUGAAAAUCAGGCUGAUUUGAAUGUUUUAACUGCCGAUCUUAUAAAACCUGAUGGUCUUUUAGAAACAAUUGCAUCAAGACUUAUCAAACCUAUUGAGUCUACUUCGGAAGCGCCUACUAUUGAUUUUACUCAGAAUAUCCAUGAGCAAUAUUCUCAUAACGAUGAUCCAGAAACAAGUGAACUAUUCACAGAAUCUACAGAUAAUGUAGAUGGGAAACCUGUGAAAUUACUUUCCAGUACAACAUCGGACUUAAAUCUUCCAAAGGUCAAUCAGUAUAAUGAAGCUAACAGACGAGUUGUUAUUGGUUCAGCACGACUACUCAGUCAGAUUUUAUCAGAAAAUCAUUUGCUCAAAAUACUAGAUAAGAAAUUAGUUUCACAAAAGCAUUCUAAUGUUUUGCAUAAAGAUGAGUUUGACAAAGUAGAUAAGUUUAUUAUUCAUAAACAAGAAUGUUCUCCGUGUAACACUUCACCCACCUAUGAUAAUGAUUAUGAAAAAUCAAUUGAUACGAAUGGUACCACAAAAUUAUUAUCUCCCACAGCUUUAUCAUCAACGCAAAAUCCUCUACUGUACAAUGAUAAGUUACCAUCACAUGGGGAUAUAACUAAUUUACUCAAGAAUAUUAUCGGAAAAUGUUGGGAAUACCGUGAAGAUGUAGAUAUCUAUCGUGAAUAUUUGGGAAUCUUAGAACCUUUAUUAAAGCAUACAGAAACAAUGUGUGAUACAGUAGUUGAAAAUGGUGGUCUUCGUAGUUUAAUUUAUGCUUGUCGUUCAAGUGAUCUACCAUCUUUACGUCAUGCAGCUGUUUGUCUAAUGAGUUUAGCACUAUUCGGUGGGAGUGGAAGUCAUAGUGAAAUGAUGCGUCAACAUGCAAUUGAAUGGUUAUUUUGUUUAGCAUUUCAUCAAGAUGAAGUAAUUAAAUAUUUUGCAUGUUUAACUAGUGCUGUACUGUCGACUAAUCCCGAAUUGACAGCUGCAGUAAAUGCUUCUUGUACACUCAACCUAGUGAUGCCUUUUGUACGUUCACAUUCACCCAUAGAAUUUGCUCGUCAACAUUUAGUUGCUGCUUUUCAACACACUUGUAAGAAAAACGCAUCCGAUACUUCAGAGUCACAGACAUCUUUUUCUAACAAUCAGUCAGACAUUGCACAUUAUUGCUGUGAAAAUCAGUAUACAGGGGGGUCGGCCGAUUGGUUAAAACGUUUAGUACCAGUUAUGUUCAGUAAACAGUUUGAACCACGUGUUUUGGUUGCUUUUCAUUUCGCUGUUGAAGCUACACUAAAAUCUGAUAUGAAGUGCAGCCAUGCGUUUUACGAAUCAGAUAUCGUAGAAAUCUUGCGUAAUGUUGUCUGUAGUUCAACUUUUCUUGAGUCGAAAUUCGCAGCAAUGGCCCUACAUAUUUUAGGUGAAGACGUCCCUUGUCGAUUGUCAGCCCAAGUACCGUUAUGGGAUUAUGCUGAAGUUGAAUGCUGGUUGACUCGAAGAGGAUUUGAAGAUUUGGCUAGUAAAUUUUCAAAUCUACGUGUUGAUGGUGAUUUAUUACUUAGAUUAGAUGAAUUCAAAUUAGAGAAGGAUUUAGGACUUGAAAAUGGAAUCACGCGAUCUAGGUUAUUACGUGAAUUAUGCUCUUUGAAGAUUAAUGCAGAUUAUUCAGCUGUUGAUCCAACCGGGAUUUCUGCUUGGCUACGUGAAGCUACACGUAUCACUGCUUUAAAUAAUACGAAUACACCAAGAAAUCCAACGACAUCAGAUUAUGUUGUAAUUAAAAAUGAUUUUCAAUGGACAACGGCUCCUACUAAUGCAUCAGAAUAUACCUCGAAAUAUUGUUAUACACAUGAUUUAUCCUGUUUAAAUCAAUCAUUCGAUCUUCUUCAGUAUGCAUAUAAUUUUAUUUCAGCCGGUGUACAUUAUCCUUUCUUACCUUAUUUAUCAGAUAAAAUGCUUUUAGAAGAUUGUCGCAUUAAAAAUGGAAUACAUCGUAAACGAAUUUUAGAAGCAAUACAAUCUUCCUUAUCAAUACAUAAUCAGUUACGUCUUACAGAUAAUGAUUCUAAAUUAAAUGCUUCAAGUCAUCCAAACAAGUAUAUUGAUAUAUUUAUUUCUUACCGUCGUUCUACUGGUUCUCAACUGGCGAGUUUAUUAAAAGUUCAUUUUCAUUUACGUGGCUAUCGAGUAUUUUUAGAUAUUGAUCGUUUAACUGCUGGGAAAUUUCAUGAAUCACUACUUCAUUCUAUUAGAUCAUCAUAUAAUUUUGUUCUUGUUUUAACACCAAGAGCAUUAGAUAGAUGUUUAAAUGAUAUACAUUGUACAGAUUGGAUACAUAAAGAAGUUGUAUGUGCCUUGGAAAGCGGAUGUAAUAUAAUACCAAUUACUGAUAAUUUUACAUGGCCACCAGCUGAGUCUUUGCCAGAGGAUUUGAGGUCAAUAACAACCUACAAUGCAGUUAAUUGGAUUCAUGAUUAUCAAGAGGCAUGUAUUGAUAAAGUGGAAAAAUUCAUGAUUAAAUCAAUAACUUCAACUCCUUUACCAUGUAAUCAAAUUAAACCAUUUGAAAAAUAAAUUAAUCCUCAUAUUUUUCAUAUUCACCUUACUGUGCAUAUUUUUUAAUCGUCAUUUCCUUCACUUCCUCUUAUAUUCUUUAUGAUUAAUGAUUUAUUUCUCAAAUCUCUAUGUUACUUUUCUCUUCAGAGAAUAUAUUUACCAGCUUAUUUAAUAAUAAUAUUAAGUUAAAAAACAGUUCAUAUAUAUACUUAUAAUUUGACUGAAUUAUACUACUUAUAUGCAUUUAAUAUUUUAUUUUGUUUUUUUUCUUUCCUUUUCUUAUGAUUAUUAUCAUACAGAAUAAUUUAAUCAACCCAUUUUUAUUGAUCUCAUAAUUAUAUUUUAAAAAAGAGAUUUGUUUUUACAUUUUGUUUUGAGUUUGAAAGUCAUUACAUUUGAUAAAUAGAUGAAUAGAUGAAGAUUUACGUGAUAGG